UUUUGUCCGCCCUUCCAUCGGCGCGCCAUUAUUACAUAGGAAAAGAAGGAGAUAUAUCCAAUUACGCGGGGAUCCUAAUUAGCUUUUAGCGUAUGGCAUUUCGAUGCUGCUGCCGGGUUAGGAGCCGAGGAGGAGGAGGUGAUCGAUACUACACGCGCCGGGUGGUGUAAGACAUUGCCCGAAAUGAAAAAGGAGACGAAGAAGAAGAAAAAAUCCCUUCCGCCCCGAGACGAUGGAUGUGUGUGUGGGUCGAGUCGCGGCUGCGCGCGCGGGAUGGUGAGCAGCUCCUCCUGGCAGAUGUGGGGAAUGACUGCUGCCCUAUCGCCAUCGUCCAUCACUACUAGGAGGAUCGCCACGUCUACAUUUUGGUUAUCCGGCCAGGAUCAGCAACAACAUUGUGUCGAUUCGUCACUGACAACAUCCGAUCCCGUUCAAUGUCUCAAGUUGCUUAGGGAACUCAAUGGCCAGGUAUCGGCCUAUCAUCAAUUGGCCACGUCUUUGGGCACAUCCAGUGGAGACGGCCAAAAUCUUCGCGGCCGACUGAAACGCACCAGGCGACGAGCUCGUCAGCUGGCCAGUAUCGUUCGACGGUUAAUCCUCACGUUGGAUAGUAAUGUGGGUGGUGAGUCGUCUGGCCGGCUGUGGUGUCUCCUCUACUGCUGCCUUUACGUCCUGGCGCUGGAAAUGCAGAGGACGUUGCAAUUGCAGUGCACGUUCGCCCUUUAUCCGGCUGCGGGAUUCAUCAACACUGGGCUGGUGGUUGUCCAGCAACAGCAAAUGAAACCGGCCAACAAGCAGCAACAAAAGAAACAAAAGAAGAAGAAGCCGAAAGCCAGCAACAACAAUCGGACCAACAAUCGUCGGCUGCAAAAUCACAUGGAGUCGAGUUGUUUGGUCGACGAUGACGACGACGUCCCACUGGCGGAUCUCUUGAGCCUGGAACGGGCCGAAAUCAAUCAACUCCAACAGGAAAUUGAGGAACUGGAAGGAGCGCUGCAAGAAUUGCGUACCAACUACAACGUAGUGGAGAUUGAAUCUUAUCUGACGAUGACAGAUCCACUGGAACGACUGGGCUGUGAUUCGGCCUCAUCGGCCGUGUGCCAACAACACAAUAGAUCGAUCAUCAACAACCAGACAACAACAUCAACGACGACGACCUGCUAUUAUUACAACAGCAACGACAGUGGCGGCGCUAGCGGCGGCUAUUGCAAUGUCGCCGACGAUUCGAUCGGUUCAUUGUCCUCGUCUUCUUCCUACCACGAAGAGGAGGAAGAGGAAGAGGAGGAGGAUUCCAGUAGUGUAGUUAAUCAACGUCGCUGCCUUUGUGUUGUCAUGGCAAUCGUCAUCAUCGUCUUCAUUUUGGCCACCAUUCUCGGUGCUUCUCUUUAACUCAACUCGACUCUCUCUCUCAACUUGAUUCAAAUGUUUUUUGAUAUUAUCCUGCGAAGGAAACGAGACGGAUCAAUACAAUUUUGUACAGAGGCGGA